CGUGAUGGCCAGGCCAAGCUAGCGCUUUAUAAAACUCGGCCGGUUCGACUUCGAGACUCGCCUUUCGACCCACUUCGUCUUGAGCCUUCAAGCUCGUGUUGACGAUGUUGUCCGCAGUCCUUGCUGGGCUUCUGCUGCCCGCGGUCGUGCUGGGCCGAGAGCCGUCCAAGCUUCAACGUGAUGCGCUUCCCCAUCAAUUCGCACCCCGAGCGCCCACGCUUUCGCUCAACGUCUCGAGCUGCCCCGGCUAUACUCUGAGUGCGCUGCAAGAGACAGACACUGGGCUGGCCGCUCAGCUCAACCUGGCCGGCGCUGCUUGCGACGCAUUUGGGCAAGAUAUUGCAAAUUUGACCCUGGAAGUUACUUAUGAUUCUGAUACGAGGCUGCACGUGAACAUCUUUGACACUGCAAAUUCCCAAUUCACCAUCCCAUCUUCGGUAAUCGACCUUCCGGGAAAGCCGACUUCCAUUCACAAAAACAGCUCCGACCUCGUUUUCAACUACGAACCCUCUCCAUUUGCGUUCUGGAUCACCCGCCGUUCCGAGCCCGAUGCGCAGCCCCUGUUCGAUACCCGGAUCUCGUCCCUGCCGCCUACGCCCAUCCCGCCCGUGAUCUCGACAGACAACUCCACUGCCCUCGACGGCUUCCCGCUCGUGUUCGAAGACCAAUAUCUGCAGCUCACGUCUGCGCUUCCACUCGGGACGAACAUCUAUGGCCUGGGAGAGGUCGUCGCGAGCAGCGGCUUCCGCAGAGAUGUCGGCACAGACGGCGGCGUCGGGACGAUCCAGACGAUGUGGGCGCGGGAUAUUGCUGAUCCCAUCGACCAGAACGUCUAUGGCUCGCACCCGAUCUACCUAGAGCACCGCUACAACGCCACGACCAAGCGUUCACAGACGCACGGCGUCUUCCUCUUCAGCUCUUCCGGCUCCGACAUCCUCCUCCUGACCCCACCGUCGUCCAACGUCUCACUCGUCGAGUACCGCCUGAUCGGCGGCACCCUCGACCUCUACUUCUUCUCCGGCCCGAGCCCACAGGAGGUCAUCGAGCAGUACGGUGCGCUGGUUGGUCUACCGACGUGGCAGCCCGCCUGGGGCUUCGGGUUCCACCUGUGCCGCUGGGGCUAUUUUAGCCUGAACGAGACGCGCGAGCAGGUGCAGCGCAUGCGUGAUGCGGACAUCCCGCUCGAAGUGAUGUGGAAUGAUAUCAACUUGUAUCAUGCGGUGAGGGACUUUACGGCGGACCCUGUGUCGUUCCCGCCAGAGGAGAUGCGCACGUUCAUUCGUGAACUGGCCGCUAACAACCAGCACUACAUUCCGAUCGUCGAUGCCGCAGUUGCCAAGCAAGUCAACGACACAGACAUUUACGACCCCUAUACUCGUGGAGCCGAACUUGACGUCUGGAUCAAGAACCCCGACGGCAGCGAGUACGUCGGGCAGGUCUGGCCCGGCUACACCGUCUUCCCCGACUGGUUCGCCAAUAAUACGCAGCAAUACUGGACAGAGGCGCUCACGAACUGGAGCGGCCUCGGCAUCGAGUUCUCCGGCAUCUGGCUCGACAUGAACGAGGCCUCGAGCUUCUGUGACGGGUCCUGUGGCACCGGCGCGGACCUGUCGAACACGACGGUGCCGUUCUUCCUGCCGGGCAUGCCGGGUGCGCUGGUGACGGACUACCCAGAAGGGUACAACGUCGCAGUCUGGGGCCCGAGCGGCAACAUGACGAUCAACGGCACGCUCACAUACGACGUCAACACCACCACCGGCUCCGCACUCGCCCGGCGCGGCGUCGGCGCGGGCAACCAGACCGGCGUCGACCUCAACACCCCGCCGUACGCGAUCCACAACGGCAACGGCCGCCUGUCGCUGCACGCGCUCGCGACGAACGCGACGCACGCGGGCGGGUACGCCGAGCUCGACGUGCACAACCUGUGGGGCACGAUGGAGGAGCGCGCGACGCACCUCGCGCUCCAGUCGCUGCACCCGGGCAAACGGCCGUUCAUCAUCGCGCGGAGCACGUUCCCGUCCGCGGGCACGUGGGCGGGGCACUGGCUCGGCGACAACUUCAGCAAGUGGCAGUACAUGUAUCUUAAUAUACAGGGCGUGCUGCAGUUCCAGGUGUUCCAGGUGCCGUUCGUCGGCGCGGACACGUGUGGGUUCAAUGGGAACACGGACGAGGAGCUCUGUGCGCGCUGGAUGCAGCUCAGCGCGUUCGUGCCGUUCUACAGGAACCAUAACGAGCAGGGCGCGCUGAGCCAGGAGCCGUACCGAUGGGACAGCGUCGCGAAUGCGUCGAGGACCGCGAUGGCCGUGCGGUACGCGAUGUUGCCGUAUUGGUACACUCUGUUUGCGAACGCGUCGCGGUACGGGACGCCCCCCGUUCGUGCGCUGUGGUACGAGUUCCCCGACGAGCCCGAGCUCUUCGCAGUCGACAGGCAGUUCCUCGUUGGCCGCGACAUACUGAUCACGCCGGUGCUGACGCCGAACGUCUCGACCGUCGACGGCAUCUUCCCCGGCCAGGGCCGCACGACGUGGCGCGAUUGGUACACGCACGCCGCCGUCGACGCCGCAAUUAGCGCGAACACGACGCUCGCGGCGCCGCUCGGCCACAUCCCCGUGCACGUCCGCGACGGGUCCGUGCUUCUGCUGCACGCCACGCCCGGGUACACGAUCGCAGAGACGCAACAGAGCCCGUACACGCUCCUCGUUGCUCAGGCCGCCGACGGGUACGCGUUUGGCACCGCCUACUUUGACGACGGCGAGAGCAUCCCGCCGACGCCGCACCGCGACGCGCAGUUUCACGUCGCAAAGGGUCAGGUCAGCAUCACGAGCACCGGGACGUACGAGGUGGGGCAGAAGCUCGAGAGCGUGACCGUGCUCGGGACGGACAAGCCUGUGAACGUAACGGUGAACGGGGAGGCGGUACAGAGCUGGCAGUACCUCGCCGUGCAGCAGGAGCUGGUCGUGAGCGGGCUGGCGGUGGACUUGAAUGCGCCGGCGACGACGAUUUCGUGGCAGUAGUAAAUGCUUUUGAAAAGACAAUUAAUUUGCAUUUUGAAUAUUAUCACGUGCACGCUC